AUGGCGACUUUUGUACCUAUAACGAGAGAGGAAGUUAGGCGAUGGGACCCAGUAGUCUACCUUCGGCGUGCAUUUGCAGAUCCAAAGAGCCUUCUUCAUGCUAUGGCGUUCACGGGUACAUUGAUAUCAGGUUCGCGUGCCUUGGAAUACUUCGUCAAGGACAUGACUACUCCGGAGUCUGACUGGGACUUCUACGCUAGUGGCAACGCCGCAUGUAUCAAUACUAUCUCCGCCUACCUGGAGUCUAUCGGCGUUAUGUGGGGUGACCAUAGUGAUAUAGAGGAUAGCGAAGACAGAGACGACUAUGGGUACUCCCAGAAGUUCACAGUGAAAAGAGGCAGGUUGCACCAGCAGGCAAGUGGCGGUACUGACUAUGUAAAGGUGCAGCUCAUAUGGACUCGCGGUGCAGGUUGCCUGUAUUACAGUAUGACCAUAACCAAGCAAAGCUACCACUGGACAGCUAACGAUGCGAGGACCAAGGCGGUGGACAAGUACAAGGCGCGCGGCGUUUUUUAUAUUAACUACCCAGCUGGUCCUGUGGAUAGGCCUGAGGGUGAUCCGUUCUUCGUACCUUUCGACCAGUACGUUGGACAUAUCAAUGACGAGUUCACGGAGUAUUCACGAAAGCAGUUAGCUAACGUCAGAUGGGAGGUGAGGCGGUGUGAAUGCGAUAGCAUCGGUACCUCCCCACUCCCCGAGCGUUGCGAGCAAACGUGGUUCUACCUCCUGGGCAACGCAUUUGCAGAGUACCUGAGGGCUACCGCGCCGCCGCUGCUAGAUGAUGCGGUUAAUGAAUCCAUUGUUGAGGAACUGAAGCAACGUUUGGUGAUCUGA